AUGGUUAAGACAAUAAUCAUUGUAGAGUUAUUUAUUUAUUUAUUUAUUUAUUUUUUAGGUCAAACAUCAUUCAAAGUAGUAGUCAAAUCUCUAUCACCUAAAGAGUUAGUCCGGAUUCAUGUCUCUAAACCUUUGGACAGAAAUGAUGGCACAUUUUUGAUAAGAUAUAGGAUGUAUGAAACUGCCCAGGAAGGGCUUAAGAUAGAAGUUCUUUAUGGGAAUGAACAUGUGGCUCAGUCUCCCUAUAUCUUGAAAGGACCAGUGUACCAUGAGUACUGUGAGUGUCCAGAAGAGGAUCCUUGGGCCUGGCAGAAAACUCUUUCUUGUCCAACCAGUGAACCACAGAUUGAGAAAGAUUUUGCUUCGUUUCCCAGCAUCAAUCUCGAGCAGAUGCUGAACGAAGUCCCCAAAAGGUUUGGGGACGAGAGGGGCGCCGUUGUUCAUUACACGAUUCUCAGUAACCACAUUUACCGGAGAUCUUUAGGGAAGUACACAGACUUCAAAAUGUUCUCUGAUGAGAUGUUGCUGUCACUGGCAAGAAAGGUCGUUCUCCCAGAUUUAGAAUUUUAUAUUAAUCUUGGAGAUUGGCCCUUGGAGCAUCGAAAAGUCAAUGAAACACCUGGUCCUAUACCUAUUAUUUCAUGGUGUGGCUCUCUGGAUUCAAGAGAUGUUAUCCUUCCAACUUAUGACAUCACCCACUCCACACUUGAAGCCAUGAGGGGUGUUACAAAUGAUCUCCUCUCUGUUCAGGGAAAUACGGGGCCUUCCUGGAUCAAUAAAACAGAGAAAGCCUUCUUCAGAGGUAGAGACAGCCGAGAAGAGAGGCUUCAAUUGGUACAAAUGUCCAAAGAAAAUCCACAGCUACUGGAUGCAGGAAUUACAGGAUAUUUCUUUUUCCAAGAGAAAGAAAAGGAGCUUGGAAAAGCCAAGUUGAUGGGUUUCUUUGAUUUCUUUAAGUACAAGUACCAAGUGAAUGUGGAUGGGACCGUGGCUGCCUAUAGAUAUCCGUAUCUCAUGCUGGGCGAUAGUUUGGUUCUAAAGCAGGACUCACCGUAUUACGAACAUUUCUACGCAGCACUACAGCCUUGGAAGCAUUAUGUUCCAAUUAAAAGAAAUCUUAGUGACUUACUAGAGAAAGUUAAGUGGGCCAAGGAAAAUGAUCAAGAAGCUAAGAAGAUUGCCAAAGAAGGACAGCUGGCUGCCAGGGAUCUACUACAGCCACACAGGCUUUACUGCUACUAUUACAGAGUGCUACAGAAAUAUGCCGAGCGCCAGUCCAGCAAACCCGAAAUCCAUGAUGGAAUGGAACUUGUUUCUCAGCCGGAUGACAGCACAUCCAUCUGCCAGUGCAACAGAAAAAAGCCUUUAAGAGAAGAACUUUAAUUGGCCCAGAUUCACACUCCUGUGUAUACCAGCCACAUCUUUAAAGAAAGCCUUAAGAUCGAAUCUAAGCUGUGAAAAACAGUACAGAAGACCCUACCCAGAGGACCGGUUCUUCUGGUGGCUUUACAUAAUGUGGAUGGAUAUAGCAGUACAAGUUGAGUAUCCCUUAUCCAAAAUGCUUGGGAGCAGAAGUAUUUCAGAUUUUGGAUGUUUUCAGAUAUGGGGAUAUUUAUAUAUACAUCAUGAGAUAUCUUGGGGAUGGGACGCAAGUCUUAACACAAAAUUAGUUUAUGUUUCAUGAAUACCUUAUACAUGUUAGAUUUUUUAGAAAGAAUUUUGUGGGCCCGGCUCGGUAGCUCAGCCUGUAAU